ACAAAGUGAAACCAUAUUGAAAUGUUUAAGCAGCUAUGUAUGACACGAGCUGCAGUGGUCUUGUGGUUUUGUCCCAUGAUGCUCAGAGAAGUUAAAAAAGCCUCAGCUUGCUGCUGUUUUAACACGGGGCGAAAUGCUGACGAUGAAAGCUUACAAGUGGAUUCUCCUGUUUGCCCUGUGGCUUCUAAGUGUCUCUUCAAAUGGGAGAGAGCUGUGUAAUAGAACUGAGGUCAAAGCUCCACUUGGCUCUUCUGUGUCCCUGCCAUGCACUAUUUCAUCAAAUGGCUCCAAGUGGGUCAAAUGGAGUCACAAGUAUGAGAAAGAUGAAGCAGGUGUGGAGCUGGUUGACCUCUCAUCUAAUGGGCGCAUCAAUUUCCUGGACCCCAGAUCCGGCAGAGUGAAAAUCUUUCCCAACCAGUUUUCAGAGAUGAACUAUGGCAUCAUCAUUGAUGAGCUCAAAGACUCUGACAUGGGAUCUUACUACUGCAAGCAGAGCAAUGAAUGUUUUGAGGUGAAGCUGUUCGAAGAUGAAGGUGAGCAGUUUUCUGAAGAAACUUGUGGUAAAGAUUUUUGUGAAACAUACGAAGUCCCAGCAACACUCGGUUCUUCGGUGCUCCUGCCAUGCAACUUUGACACCGGUGCCUUUAAAUGGGUCACCUGGGUUCACUUAGAGAAGGGGGACGUGGUUCGUCUUUCUUCUGAAGGACAUGUUGAUUUUCAAAACCCAAGAUCUGGUCGAAUUAAAGCAUUUCCAAACCAAGCCUUAGAUGGGAACUACUCUACUGUCAUCGAUGAGCUUAAAAGCUCUGAUCUGGGGUCUUACUGCUGCAAGCAGAGGAGUAACUGUUUGCGAGUGGAGUUGCUUGGAGGCAAAAGUAAAUUGAGCUCAGAGAUGAAGCUACUGAUCUACAGCAGUGGUGGUGUUGCUGCCCUCAUUAUCAUCAGCCUUUUAAUAAUUUGCUACUGGUUGAAAUGCGUUUCAAACAAAGGUAGUGCAAUGCCCACUGUUAGCGAAACAACUCAAGGUGCUACUACAACUCCCAGUGCUCCACCACAGGAAGCAGGCGGAGUAAAUGGGCAACAAAUAGCGGGUGAUGACAACGGUCUUGUUUAUGAAAAUGAUGACCAGUACAUAGCCUCCAUCAGAAACUCAAGUGUCGAGCCAGCUGUUAUGCAGCAUCCGAAUGGGAGUCAGCCCAAUCAAAGUGACAUCGGAAUUUAUCCAAACCUGGAUGAGUUCAAGUUUGAAAGGGUGGAGAGUGAGAGGACAAGACAGCGAUUUCACAUUGAGCUCUUUAGCAGGAUACGGCAAGCUAGUGUCAAUCGUCAUUUCUAUGUGAACCAGGGGGAGAUCCGUAAGCAGCAAGCCAGGGCAGCGCAGGCAGAAAACAAAAAAGCAGGGAAAGGCAGGAGGAAGGCCAAAGACUCGUGUGAAUACAAAAACCCCAUUUACAACAGUAGCAACGACUAUCUCAACCACCUCUAGAGGAUCAAGGAGACUAGACGCCAUUUUACACUGAUACACAUUGACUGAUUUUUUUUGUUUUUAAGCCUAACUGCACUGCAUAUUUCUCUAUAUUUUACAUUCUUGAAAGCUUUUCAAUAAAGAAUAAACUUAUAGA